AUGGUGACCUGUCUGCUGGAUUGUUUUGAGUUCAGUGAAAGACACACUUCUGAGAACUUAGCAGAGGAGCUGCUCAAAGUGGCCAAAGAAUGGAAUGUGGAAAACAAAGUGGUUUGCUGUGUAAGCGACAAUGCAGCUAACAUCACCAAAGCAAUUAAAUCCCUGAAAUGGACCCAUCACCCAUGUCUUGCACACACCCUUAACCUGGUUGUAAGAGAUGCUCUGAAGGUGAUGAAGCCCACUGUGGACAAAGUGAAGGGGAUAGUGGAAUUCUUCCACAGGAGCACAACAGCCACACAGAAGCUCAAAUCUACCCCACAACAGAUGGGCAUGCCUGAGCUGAAGCUCAAGCAAGAGUGUAUUACAAGGUGGAACUCCACCUUUCACAUGCUAAAACGGAUCCUGGAGUCCAAGGAUGCAGUCAUCUCUACCCUGGCUGUGAUAAAUGCACCCAUUGAUCCUCUGAGCCAAGAGGAAUGGGAGAUACUGCAGGAGGCAUGCACUGUUCAGGAGCCAUUUGAGCAGGUCACUGUGGAGAUCAGUGCAGACAGCUAUGUUACAGGCUCUAAAGUGUUGAUCCUGUGCAAGGGUCUUCAGAAAGUGACAGCUGAGCAUCAGACCAGCGUAACCACAGGGAAGGUGAAAGAGUUAGUGGAUGCUCUCUGUGCAUCCAUGGACAGAAAAUUCCACAGAAUGGAAUGGAACACUGUUCUGUCAGAAACCACCAUUCUUGACCCAAGAUUCAAGAAGCUGGCCUUCACUGACAAUAGAGCGGUUGAUGAAGCUCUUCAAAGAAUAACUGCAGCAGCAGCAAGAGCCAGCCAGACAACUCCACUGCCAGGGGGCGAAGAGGGAGAAGAGGGAGCAGAGCAACAACAAGAAGAGCCACAAGCAUGUGCUGUUUGGAGGUUCUUUGAAGAACGAGUAACUGGAAGCACUACAAGACGGAAUCCUUCAUCAGAUGCAAUUCUGGAAGUGAGAUCCUAUCUUGAGGAGCCCCUUUUCCAGAGAAGUGCAGACCCUUUGAGCUGGUGGGAGGCCAAGGAUUCACUGUACCCACGCCUUACACAUGUGAUGACACGGAGGCUGUGUGUUGUCGCAACAUCUGUGCCCUCAGAAAGAAUCUUUUCCAAAACAGGGCAAAUGUUAACAGAAAGGAGAAACAGGAUCAACCCCUCAAAGCUGAGGCACUUGGUUUUUCUUAAUGCCAAUCUUCACUAAAGACAAAUUAAAACUUUUACCUGGAUGCUGCUUUUUUCUUUUUGUUUUACAAAUUUUAAGUUAUAAUUUGUUGUGUUGUAUUCAAUGCUUACUUGUUGUUUUACUGUAAACAGUUAAAAGCUUAUAAAUAUAAAUAUUCAGAGAUUGGAACUUUUUGUUGACCUUGUUUUG